AUGUCUGGCAAGUCGGGUCAGGAGUACAAGAUCGACCUGCAAGAUAUUUAUUUUAAGAUAUGUAAACUGAAAAUGAACAGUGCUCUUAUUUUAACGCACAACAAGCUAUUUGAAAAGUCCAACACUCUGUAUCCAUUCACUAAAACAGAGGUUAAAAUAAGCAGUAUUGCUUCUUCACAACAUAGUUAUGUUUGGGAUAGUGUGUUUCAGUCGCAGUGUCCAAACAGGUUGGUUGUUGGGUUUGUCGAUGGAGACGGUGUGAAUGGAUCUUAUACAAAGAACCCGUUUAAUUUUCAGAGUUCAUUUGUGAAAACGGUGGGAUUGUAUUUAGAUGGUGUCAGUGUGCCUGCUCGACCCAUCGAAGGAGACGACGUGAGCGCCUACGUGAAUUUGUUCGAGGGGUUGAACAAUUGGAAUCAAAACAGUAGAAAUUACAUUGAAAGAACGGAAUUUGCUUUUGGAAAUGGACUAUUUGUGUUCAGUCUUGAAGCCCUGGAAAUCCUGAAGUUGCUAACUGUGUCGCUGACAAAGACCUUUGAGGAGGAAGAGGAGGAGGAGGAGGAGGAGUAUAUGGGAGUAACUGAGGAGGAGGUGGAGGAGGAGUAUAUGGGAGUAAUUGAGGAGGAGGUGGAGGAGGGGUGUCUGGCCGGUGCAUCUGUCUUCGGUGCCUUUGCAUAUUAUCAUGUCUGGAAAAACUGUUCCCACACUCAGGGCAUGAUGUUGAUCCCAUGA